AUGACGCUUCCCGAGCGCCCGCGUGGCCAGGAGCAUAUCCCGGACUACCCAAAGGCCUGGAUAUGGAUGCGCGUAUUCCAGAUCGUCACCAGUCUCGUCGUUCUCUUCCUCUCCAUCCAUGCCUUGGAAGAAUUCCAUGUCCCGACCGAUCUUCAGGUCGUCAUGAUUGUCAUAUCUGCUUCCACCGUCGGCGUAUCUAUCCUGCUCAUCAUCGCCCAAUUCGCUUCUCCCCGAAUUUUCAGAUAUUGGACGCCUCUCAUCUCUGACUGCGCAGUCUUCGUUGCCUGGGCCGUCUCUGCUCCGCUCUUGAUUGAAGAUGUAUCUGAUCUCGUGGCCAAGCGAGGUACCGUCCAUGGGAGUGGCAAUAAUCCUGUUGGGCACCGACAUGACGGCUCGAACCCCAUCCCGACGAACCAUGUCGAUACCCUUUAUGCUAUAGGCGCUAUGGGAUGUUUAGAGAUUGGUCUCUUCUUUUUGUCCUGGGUCGUUGACUCCAUCGUCAUUGACCGCCAUCGCAAAGCUGGCUUCCCUUGCAGGCCAGUCAAAAGAAGGGCUUCUUUUGCCGAUGGAUCCCAAACCAGAUCAAUGAAAGUUUCGCCUCCCAUGAAGCCUCGAACCAAGAAACCGCGUAGAGGGCUGAGCGCAGUAUUCGGCUUCGGAUCAGACGGUGGUGCAGGAGGAGGCGGAGGAGGAUACGAUGGUGGAUGUGAUGGUGGCGGAGGAGGAGGUGGUGGGUGUGACGGCGGCUGA